AUGUUGGCUCAACAAUAUGAUGAUGAUGUUGGGUACAAGGAUAUCAAGACUUCUCUGGAAACUAUGCAGUAUCCAAAGGGAAGUGGCAAGAAGGAUCGUAUAGCUAUCCGAAGACUAAUUGCUCAUUUUCUCAUAUUAAAAGGUGGACUAUAUCACAAAUGGUUUAAUAGUACUCUACAACUCUGCGUGAAUGAUAGUGAGAAGCAAGCCAUCAUAUUAGAAGUUCAUAGGGGUGAAUGUGGACCACAUAUGAAUGAAAGGAUGUUGGCUCGUAAAAUUUUGCGAGCAGGUGUCUAUUGGAUUACUCUAGAAGGUGAUUGCAUUAGCUUUGUGCAGGCUUGCAAGCAAUGUCAGAUAUUUGCUAACCUCAAUCAUAUGUCGCCUUGGGUUAAAGUUGCAUCAUCAUUUUCAAAGCUAGGGGUAAAGCAAGUUUCGAAAUUUGUGAUUAACAACACCAUAUGUUGGUAUGACAUACCUUUUGAAAUCAUCUCUGGUAAUGGAUCACAAUUUGAGAGUCAUAUGAAGAUAACUCUCACAAAAUAUGCAACCAAGAAUCAUCAGUCCUCACCUUAUCAUCCCCAAACAAAUGGUGUGGUGGAAGAAGCCAAUAAGACAAUCAAGAUUAUUGUUACUAAGAUGACUGAGAAGAAAAGGAAUGGCAUGGCAAACUACCAUAUGCCCUCUGGGAAUAUAGGAUACCAAUCAUAA